GAUGAACUCAAGCUUACCGCAGAAUCAUUAUCAUCAUCGUCAACCAGUGAGGAAUUGUCGGUUGAUGACGACCCAGCUGAUUCUGAAAAGGUGGCGGCUCCAGAACAAUCAAUAUCAGCCUCGUCAUCAUCAACUACGCCCUGCUGCUCACCUUCAAUCUCAGUCGCAGUUGAGGAUGUUGCACUGUUUACCACCAACUCAAAUGGCAAGCGAUCUCGAGAAGAGGAGAUGCAGCAACAGGAGCAGAAGCAGCAGCUGCAGCAAAAUAAAACAUCAAAAAAGCCAACUGAGAUCAUCUCAGUCGGCAGUGGUGAUGAUGAAGUUCAAUCAGAGAAGGUCAAUCAUACUGACCAAGAUGUAGUGUCCUGUGAGCCGACGCUGAAGGCGACGCCUCUUAUCUGUAUUUCAGCAUCAACUUCUGCCACAAAGAAAAUCUGCCCGCCACCGCUGUCCCUUUCAUCGCAGAACAUGGGUUUCAGCUUGGACAAUGCAGAGAUGGCAUCAGCAGAACCGUCCACCGUCCUGACCACUACAAUCACUUCAGUGAUUGAAGGUGAUAAUAAUGGAGAUGGUAAUGGAGAUGGUAAUGGAGAUGAGAAUGGUGAAGAAAGUGAUGAUUCCACCUCAGCCGGGGUACUGCAAGAGCUGCAGGAGUUGCAGCGAAAGAUGACAUCUUAUGAGCAGACUAUUGCCCUGCUACUUGAAAAGCUGGAUAGCAAGAUGAACAAUGAACAGAGCAGCAGCAGCUCUUCAACGUAG